AGUCGCUUUCACCAGCAGAUGGAGUUCCUGGGUCUUUGUUUACGAGACAUCCCAAAACCAGAGGAAACGCGUUUCUGCUCGCCCGUGAUCGGAAGCUGAAACGGGGGAACAGACGCUUGUGUUUCGGCGAGAAUCGGGUGGGAUCCAAACAGGGUAUUACCCGCGUGGUAGAAGUCGAGACUCGCAGGAUCAUCGUCACGCCUUCACAGCCCGGGAUCGGACCAGGCUGGGAGCGGCUGGCCGCAGCGGGACGAGGGGCUGGGUUGAGGGGCUGCGGACGGUUCCCAUGUCAGCCCGUAACGGGUCAGCGAGUGAUGCAGAGUGCCGGAUCUCCGAGGAUGGCCCCGCCCUGGAGGACGUGGAGCUGACGGAGCUGGGACCUCUGAUGGAGGGGGUCACAGCGGAGGCCUCUGCCCUCCCUGAUGAUGAGGAGGAUGAAGAUGAAGGGGGGCGCGGGAUGACCCUCCCCCUGCAAGCUCACCACGCGAUGGAGAAAAUGGAGGAGUUUGUGUAUAAGGUUUGGGAAGGCCGCUGGAGGGUGAUCCCAUACCACGUCCUGCCCGAGUGGCUGAAGGACAACGACUACCUGCUCCACGGGCACCGCCCACCCAUGCCCUCCUUCCGCGCCUGCUUCGGGAGCAUCUUCCGGAUCCACACGGAGACCGGCAACAUCUGGACACACCUGCUGGGGCUGGUCCUGUUCCUGUUCCUGGGCACGCUCACCAUGCUGCGGCCCAACAUGUCCUUCACCGCACCCCUGCAGGAGAAGGUGGUGUUUGGGACGUUCUUCCUGAGCGCCGUCCUGUGCCUCAGCUUCUCCUGGCUCUUCCACACCGUCUACUGCCACUCCGAAAAAGUCUCCCGCACCUUCUCCAAGCUGGAUUACUCAGGCAUCGCUCUGCUGAUCAUGGGCUCCUUCGUCCCCUGGCUGUACUACUCCUUCUACUGCUCCCCUCAGCCACGCCUCAUCUACCUCUGCAUCGUCUGUGUGCUCGGCAUCGCCGCCAUCGUCGUGGCCCAAUGGGACCGCUUCUCCACCCCCCGGCACCGGCCCACCCGAGCAGGAGUCUUCAUGGGCCUGGGACUGAGCGGGAUUGUACCUACGAUGCACUUCACCAUAGCCGAGGGCUUUGUGAAGGCCACCACGGUGGGCCAGAUGGGCUGGUUCUACCUGAUGGGCGCCAUGUACAUAACAGGAGCUGGGCUCUACGCCGCCAGGAUCCCCGAGCGCUACUUCCCUGGGAAGUGUGACAUCUGGUUCCAGUCUCACCAGAUCUUCCAUGUCCUGGUCGUGGCCGCAGCCUUCAUCCACUUCUACGGCGUUUCGAACCUGCAGGAGUUCCGUUAUGGGCUGGAAGGGGGCUGUACUGAUGACACGCUGCUCUAAGGGGGGCGGGGGGGGGGGAGAGGGGCGUGAAGGAAGGCCCGCCCCCUCCUGGGGUUCCGUUUCGGUUUGGGACAAUCAAAUAAAGGGCGACCGAUUGUCGAAACAGGGGGAACAGAUUUUAAAAGUUGUUAACUCUGUAAAACUAAUAUAAAUGUAUAUGUAUAAGGAUUAGGUGUUUUUGCGGGUGUAAAUCUCUGCUGUAGUUCCUGUGGAGUGUGGUGGGGGGGCGUCGACGGACUUGCUUUUUUUGUGGGAGACGGUUAUCUGGCUCCACCCAUAAUGUUAACCCCUGAACCGCUGGUGAGCUUUGGCAGGCAGGAGUAGUUUAGCAGUUACUUGGUAAUCCCUGGGAGAAUGGUCCUCUUCGUACAAGGUGGGGGUUGGUGGUGGUGGUGGUGGGGGUGGGGGGUGGGGGGGGGGGGGACUGCCCUGUGAGCUUUCUGCCCAUCAGCAGCUGGUCCUGGAUCAGUCUAUCCAAACCCAUUUCUACAGCACAUUGUACAAAUGUUGUUGUGUAGGAGAAAACAACGAACUGAUUCAGGAUCAGUGCUUUGGAGCAGACUCAUUUGCACCUUCCAGUGGUGGAGACGGCUUUGUGUUUAGCCUCUUAGGCUGUUUAUCUUCUUCAAAAAACCAGGUGUCUUUUGUUACAUAAAUACUAGUUUGGUUCACCCUACUGAGGAAGAGGAGGAAAAGACAGACUUGAAAUUUAAAGACCUUGUGCAGUCGUUUGUGAUGAAUCGUUUCUCAUGCUGGUUAAGGUGAAGCAAAAUUAUGUGGACAUUAAAGAUGACAAUCUCUGUCUAUGUUUAAACCCCCUGAAAGGGCAUUACUUGUGUUGUAACUGGCAAAAAAAAAAAAAUGAUUGGCAUGGAUGGACAGAGGUUUCUCUGGAAUGGCCCAAUCCUUUGUAUUGGUGUGGCAUUCAGACCACUGUUUUUAAGAAGGUUCUUUGUCACCUCUGGCACCUUCAUUUACUGUACAUGUGUGCAUCCAUUGACUGACAUGAUCUUGUUUCAUUAUAUUCCAUACUUGUAAAAAGGGUAUUAAAAUCACUGCACAGGGUCUUUUGAGUGAUGGCAACCAACAGUGCACGUGGCCUUUAGAGGCCUGCAGUAAUAAUAAUAAUAAUAAGAAGAAUAAGAAUAAGAGUACCAUUAUCAUAGGUAAGAUUCAGAAGUGUGGCAUUGUCCUCGGGGGAAAUGCAGUUGUUGGCUGGACUCUGCUGUUGGUAGUGAACACAGUGUUCCUCCAGUGAGUGUGGAGUCAUGGAAACUGAGAAUGUGUGAAAUGUGAGCUGAGUAAGCAGACCUGGACCUUCGCUAAAUAAUGCAGAGUAGUGACGGGUUUUAGUGAACGCCAUCUAAUGAUAUAACUCCUACACAGAGAACGGCAACAUGAUGAUCCAAUGAUAUAACUCCUACAUAGGGAAUGCAACACGAAGAUCCAAUAAUAUAACUCCUACAUAGGGAAUGCAACACGAAGAUCCAAUAAUAUAACUCCUACAUAGAGAAUGGCAACAUGAAGAUCCAAUUAUAUUACUCCUACUUUGGGAACGGCAACACAAAGAUCCAAUGAUAUAACUCCUACUUUGGGAGUGGCAACACUUUAGGUUGGCCCUCUAACUUGCCAGAAGUUCUUAGUCAUUUAAAGUACACACUUCACACUGUUUAAUGACCCAGCUUCACUGUGGCUGGGCUGACAUGAAAUAUGGCAAAGUUGUGUAGCGUUAGAAUGCCGGUAGACCACAAGGUCCAUAGCCAUCUUGUAAAAUGGAGUCAUUUGAUUUUACGUAGAGAAGCAAGUAUUGUGAAAUGUCCAAGCUUACGUUGUCUGAUUAACCUUGAGGUCAGUGAAUUGGCACAAGUCACACUAAUCUGGCAUUAUAAUUAUUUUAGCAAAUUUUACAUAUUUUAGCAGGUUUUGCAUAUUUUAAUAUUUUCUUGUGCGUAUGCACAGUAGUAGUAAUAUUUGAUGGACAUCAUCAUUAUAUGAAAGCCUCUGCUGAAUUCUCAUCCAUAGUGAAGUAACGACUAUGUAUCAUUAAAUAUAAUGAAGCAAUGAACAAAAUGGCUAAAGUCUUGGCAAGUUUUAAAUCAUGUAGUUUGUGAUAAGUAUUUAUUUCUGUUAAUAUUCCUAUUACUCAGGCCAGUAGAAAUAGCUUUCAAAAAACAAAAAGAAAAAAAAAGGUGGUAGUGGGGGAGGGGUUAAUAUUGUAACAGCCAGGUCCAAAAUGUUUGAAACUAUUUUAUUUUCUCUUUCAUUCUUUUUGUUUUAACCUUUUUUUACUCUGGCACAAGAUGGGGUCAACUGUAUCCAAACUCAUUAUUAUUAUUAAGAAUUUUUCAAUUGCAGUGUGUUAAGUUUGUUAGCUUCAGGUUGGGUGUAGGCAAAGACAUCCAUUUCUGCACACAUGUUGAGUGGGGUCCUUUUGCACAGUCAUAUAUCAGAGUCUUGUUCACUUAAAUGUACUAUGUUAUAAUAAAUAUUUAUCAGUGCAAAACUGGGAAA